GCCGCCGCGGGUUUGGCGCGCGCGGGGGGGACGCGGCGGCCGCGCUCGGGACCCCCGGGAACCCCCCCCAGGGACCCCCCCCGGGACAACCGGGGACACCCAGAACCCCCCCGGGACAGCCCGGCCCCACCAGGGACAGCCCCGGGACCGGGACAGCCCCGCAGCCCCACCCCCACCCCGGAUAUCCCUCCCGGAGACCCCCAGAACCCCUCCGGGGCACCCCCGGUAACACCGGGACACCCCCGGGGACACCCAGAGACCCCCGGGAUACCCCCGGAACCCCACCCCCACCCCGGAUAUCCCUCUCGGGGACACCCAGGGAUUCCCGGUGACACCCCCGGUAACACCGGGACGCUCCCGGGAUACCCUCGGUGACACCGGGGACAUCCCCGGAACCCCACCCCCACCCCGGAUAUCCCUCUCGGGGACCCCCGAGGACACCCAGAGACCCCCGGGGACAUCCAGAACCCCACCGGCAUACCCCCGGUGACACCGGGACACCGCCGGUGACACCGAGAACACCCUUGGUGACACUCGGUGACACCCGGUGACACCGGGGACACCCCCAGACCCCCGUGCAACCCCCGGCAAUCCCCACCCUUAUCCCGGAUAUCCCUCCCUACGACCACCCCCCACCUCCGGGACCACCCCUGUCCCCGUUCCCGGUGUCCCCCCGCCACUCCCGGUGUCCCCCCCGGUGUCCCCUCCAUGGAGAACUUCCAGAAGGUGGAGAAGAUCGGUGAGGGCACCUACGGCGUGGUCUACAAGGCCCGCAACAAGGUGACGGGAGAGGUGGUGGCACUCAAGAAGAUCCGCCUGGACACGGAGACCGAGGGUGUCCCCAGCACGGCCAUCAGGGAGAUCUCGCUGCUCAAGGAGCUCAACCACCCCAACAUCGUCAAGCUGCUGGAUGUCAUCCACACGGAGAACAAGCUGUACCUGGUGUUCGAGUUCCUGCACCAGGACCUCAAGAAGUUCAUGGACUCCUCCUCGCUCAGCGGGAUCGCGCUGCCGCUCAUCAAGAGUUACCUGUUCCAGCUGCUGCAGGGGCUGGCCUUCUGCCACGCUCACCGGGUGCUGCACCGGGACCUGAAGCCGCAGAAUCUGCUCAUCAACGCCGAGGGCUCCAUCAAACUGGCCGACUUCGGGCUGGCCCGCGCCUUCGGGGUGCCCGUCCGCACCUACACCCACGAGGUGGUGACGCUCUGGUACCGCGCCCCCGAGAUCCUGCUGGGCUGCAAAUAUUACAGCACGGCCGUGGACAUCUGGAGCCUGGGCUGCAUCUUCGCCGAGAUGAUCACCCGCCGGGCCCUGUUCCCCGGGGACUCGGAGAUCGACCAGCUGUUCCGCAUUUUCCGCACGCUGGGCACGCCGGACGAGGCCGCCUGGCCGGGGGUGUCGGCGCUGCCCGACUACAAAGCCACCUUCCCCCGCUGGGCCCGCCAGGACCUGGCCAAGGUCCUGCCGCCCCUGGACGACGAGGGCCGCAAGCUCCUGGCGCAAAUGCUGCACUACGACCCCAACAAGCGAAUUUCAGCCAAGGCCGCCCUGGGCCACCCCUUCUUCAGGGACGUCACCAGAGCUGUCCCCCACCUGCGUCUCUGACCCCAAAAAUUACCCCAAAACCCCCAAAAUUACCCCAAACCCCCAAAAA